AUGAGGCAGCGCUGGAAGAAUGCGUUGAUAGUCAAACUACUGGGUAAGAGAAUCGGAGUUGGUUUUAUGAAACGAAGGCUAGAUGCUCUCUGGGCUAAGGCGGGUAGCAUUACGGUUGCUGAUUUAGGGAAUGAGUUUUUCUCCGUUCGAUUCAGCAGCUUGGAAGACCUGAAUUUGGCUAUUACCGGUGGUCCUUGGGUGAUCUUGGGUAUUCUCCAAGAAUAUUGUGAAUUUCCAUUUCUGAAUCACUUAGGAACAGUAAUUGGAAAAGUUUUAAAGGUUGAUAGAACUACUUCGUCUGGAGAUAGAGCUCGGUUUGCUAUAGUAUGUAUUGAGAUUGAUCUUGCUAAGCCUCUGAGAGGGGAAUCUAUUUUGGAUGGUUGUAGGAAGAGGGUGGAGUAUGAAGGAUUGUUUUUAAUUUGCUUGAAAUGUGGCCGUUGUGUUCACAAUUCUGAAUCCUGCCCAGAUUUUGUGAAAUCAACUCCUAUGGAGUCUUCUUGUGAACCUGUUCAUCAGCCAGUGCCUAAGACUAGAACUCAAGGGGUUGGGGAAUGGAUGUUAACUGGCAAGAAGUCAGAAGAGGAAGCUGCUAACAUUCAGGUUAAUAAGGAAAACUUGUCCUCGGUUAUCAACCCUCAAAAUAAUGAGGGGGUUAUGAAAUUUUCAGCAAAGGCAUCGAGCAAUAUUAGGAAGGUUUCAGGGGUGAAGCAAGAGACUUUUACUCCUAAGAAGAAUUCUGCUAAGGCUACAGCAGCUAAAGGGAAAUGGGUGCUGAUCCUACCUUCUUCUAACUUGGUUGCUGAUAGCAGUAAUUUAUCACAGAAACCUACUCAGUAG